AUGGAUCGUAACAGACGACCAACACCCUACCCUCUCGACACGCUACCUGCACGCUUAUUCCCCCCUGAUGGGUCAGAAACGCCGUCGACGGGCUCAUCCGCAUCAAUCGACCCAUAUGCUUUCCUCUCGCACUUCGACACAGUCUUCCUAAUCGACGACUCAGCAAAUAUGCUACCAUACUGGAACGAAGUACGAUCCCUCCUCUCACAAAUCGCACCAAUAUGCACAGAGCGCGACCGCGACGGCGUCGACGUCUACUUCGUCAACCACCACCCACGGGGGUACCUCUUCUACGCCGCGCUCGGACAACAAGCGCUCCGGUCAGGCUACAAGCACAUAGGCCAAGCAACCGGCGUGCCUGGUAUGCGCGACAACAUAGCCGGUAUAUUUGAAAGCGCAAAACCUAGCGGAAAAUGCAAACUCGAUCACCGAUUAAGUUGUAUCUUGGACGAGUACGUGAGUACUUACAAAUACCACGUCAAGUGCUACGGACGGCAUCUACGACCUUUGAAUUUAAUUGUUAUUACCGCGGGUAUAACGCAUGAUAAUCCCGUCGACACCGUGAUACGCACCGCGCGAGCGCUUGAUGAGUUAGGUGCGCCGGCGUGGCAGGUCGGGGUGCAGUUUUUUCAGGUUGGGAAUGUGGAGGAUGGGCGGCAAGGUAUGGAGUACGCGGAUGAGGUGUUAAGCGAUGCGUUGGAUAUCCGGGAUAUGGUGGACACGGUUACGUGGAGUGGAAGGAUAGGGGAGUUGUCGCCGGAGGCGCUGCUUAAAGUUGUGCUUGGCGCGAUGCAGAGAUCGAUUGAUAGGGAAAAGAUAUAG